CUGGUGCGAAAUAUACAGCGAUUCGAGGCUGGAAGCGAUGGUGGGAGCUCGCCGAGGUCUUCAGCCACGAGGGGUACUUCGGCGGCCUUUGUGCAUUGUGAGGCUUUCUGAGAAUUUGCUCUCUGCUAGUGCCCGUCAAGCUAAUUAGACCCAUUCAGAUUUGUUUUACUCCAUUAUACUUAGGGGUACACAUUUGUUCCUGUGGUGAUUUGUAGCUACCAAUAAUCUCUGACAGUUGUUGCCUUAUCUACUAUUCUGGCAUCUUCUGCUCUUGUUUGUAAAUAGAAGAGAACUAUUAAAACACAAAUCCAAGUACUCUUAAUCUCAAGAGAGAGAGUUUGUACAGUAUGUUCUGUACAAAACUGAAAGACUUGAAGAUCACAGGAGAAUGUCCUUUCUCCUUACUUACUCAAAGUCACAUUACUGAGGAACAUGACAAGGACUGCACAGAAAACAGCUCUAGAGCAGCUUUGCCCAUCUGCAAAGAAGUCCACGAAAAAGAUGCUCAAGGAAACCUUCCGCAAAGGAAAACGAGCAGAAGUAGAGUGUAUCUGCACACAUUAACUGAAAGCAUCUGCAAACUAAUCUUUCCUGAGUUUGAAAGGCUAAAUCUUGCACUUCAGAGAGCACUUGCAAAACACAGAAUAAAAGAAACCAGAAUAACUGGGGACAGAGAAGAUUUUGAAAAAAUAAUCAGUGAUCAUGCCAGUGCCGCAGGUAUUCCCGUGGAGUCUCUACAGGAAUCUCUUGGUGAAGAGCUAUUCAAAAUAUGCUAUGAAGAGGAUGAACACAUAUUAGGGGUUAUUGGAGGAACCCUUAAAGACUUCUUGAACAGUUUCACUACUCUGCUGAAGCAGAGUGGCCACAGCCAAGAAGCAGGAAAAAAAGACAGACUUGAAGAUGCCUCAAUAUUAUGCCUGGAGAAAGAUCAGGACUUCUUAAAUGUGUAUUAUUUCUUUCCUAAGAAAAUCACGAGUCUUAUUCUAUCUGGUAUUAUUAAAGCAGCAGCUCAUAUUUUGUAUGAAACUGAAGUAGAAGUGAUGCUUAUGCCUCCUUGUUUCCAUAAUGACUGCACUGAGUUUGCUAAUCAGCCUUAUUUACUGUACUCUAUACAAGUCAAAAGUGCUAAACCUUCCCUAUCUCCAUGUAAACCACAGUCUUCACUUGUGAUUCCUGCCUCUGUGUUCUGUAAGACUUUCCCAUUUCAUUUUAUGUUUGACAAGGAUAUGUCAGUUCUUCAAAUUGGAAAUGGGAUAAGAAGACUUUUGACCAGGAGAGAGUUUCAAGCCAAGCCCAGCUUUGAAGAGUAUUUUGAAAUUCUUACUCCCAAAGUAAGCUGCACUUUUAGUGGAAUAAUGACAAUGCUAAACAUGCAGUUUACGGUACGAGUGAGAAGAUGGGAUAAUACUGAUAUGAAAUCAUCCAUGGUAAUGGAUCUUAAAGGCCAAAUGAUCUAUAUUUUUGAAUCCAGUGCCAUCCUAUUCUUGGGAUCUCCUUGUGUGGAUAGACUAGAAGAUUUUACAGGACGCGGAUUGUACCUCUCAGAUAUUCCCAUUCACAACGCAUUGAGAGAUGUUGUUCUGAUAGGAGAGCAGGCCAGAGCUCAGGAUGGACUGAAGAAGAGGUUAGGAAAGCUAAAAGCAACCCUUGAGAAGGCCCAUCAAGCACUUGAAGAAGAAAAGAAGAAGACUGUAGAUCUUCUGUUUUCGAUUUUUCCUGGAGAGGUUGCUCAGCAGCUGUGGCAAGGACAAGUUGUGCAAGCCAAGAAAUUUAAUAAUGUCACAAUGCUUUUCUCUGACAUUGUUGGAUUCACAGCCAUCUGCUCCCAAUGCUCACCGAUGCAGGUUAUCACCAUGCUUAAUGAGCUUUACACUCGCUUUGAUUACCAAUGUGGAGAGCUAGAUGUCUACAAGGUUGAGACUAUUGGAGAUGCCUACUGUGUUGCUGGAGGUUUACACAAAGAAAGUGAAACACAUGCUGUUCAAAUAGCAUUGAUGGCCCUGAAGAUGAUGGAGCUAUCAGAUGAAGUGGUGACUCCCCAUGGAGAGCCUAUCAAGAUGCGUAUUGGCCUUCAUUCUGGAUCUGUCUUUGCUGGUGUUGUUGGUGUUAAAAUGCCCCGUUACUGCCUUUUUGGAAAUAAUGUAACCCUUGCCAAUAAGUUUGAAUCUUGCAGUAUACCUAGAAAAAUAAAUGUGAGCCCAACAACUUACAGGUUGCUAAAGGAAUAUCCUGGUUUUGUGUUCACACCUCGCUCAAGAGAAGAGCUUCCACCAAAUUUUCCCAGCGAUAUCUCUGGAAUUUGCUAUUUUCUGGAUGCUUUCGUUCAAGGAACAAACUCACAGACUUGGUUUCAAAAGAAAGAUUUGGGAGAUGGCAAUGCCAAUUUUUUGGGUGAGGAAACAGGAAUAGACUAAAUUGUACAUUCACAAGUGUAUAGAAUGCAUUUAUAAAUAUCCUGAUUUUUUGUAUAAGUUGAAAAUUUUUCAAAAUGUAUGAAACAUGAAAGCACUUUAGAAAGUUAACUCCUGAAAGCCAGUAUUAAAAUUUCAGGAAGUAUGUCACUGACUACUUUUUAUUUUUCCUUUGCGUAAGGAACAUAAUCACUAAAACAAUGUUGCAACUUCACUGUUGGAAAUGCUUAUUAAAAACUACAUUUUCCCUGUGGUGAUUUGUAAGUGCUAUGUAACAACUCUCGCAGUUCUAUCUGUGCUGAGAAUUCUAGAUGUAUUGUACAUGCAGUGUGUCAGGAAAUGUAAUGUGCAAGUGAUGCGACCACAUGCAGUGUUGUGAGCUGGUGCUUAUCGAUGACUAUUGAAAUGUUUUUUCUUAGUGAUUCUCUAAAAAAAAAAAUCCAUUAAAAUACUGUCAUUGCUAUCACAUACUACUUCCAGUGCAUCAUUUGGGCCCCAUCCUAGAAGAUGCUGACCAUCUUCUAACACUGACUGGAGUCAAUGUUUUGAGAGUGCUCAGCAGCUUCUGGAUCAGGCUGCUAAUUGUAGCUAAUACAUAUAAACUUAGCAGACUUUGCUGCUUACUGCUUCAUGAAUUUUAUUUUGUGUAUAAGAUGACUAUAGAUUAAAACACUGUAUAUUCACAUACUAAAGUCUCUGUAACCAUCAAACAAUAUUUUAGUUCUUGGGGUUUUUUAAAUACUUUACAAAAAUAAUAAUAUCCACUUGCUAUUAUGUAUUAUAGCAAUAAAUGUUUUCUUUUGUUGUCAUUUAAAUUUGAAGUGUUUUAAAAGAAAUGUAAUAAAAUGUGCUUUGGAGUGUUUGCUCAGAAAGGAAGUGCCAGACCGUUUAAAAUGGAACAGAAGCACACUUGUUAAAAGCUAUCAUCCUUAUUCAAGGACAGCAGUGUGGGUAUGGCUUGUUACUGAAAUGCUUAUGGUAUACUCAGUUUAAAGUUGCCAGAAGAAUCUACAAGUGAACAGAAAUGUUUUAAAACAUAUAAAUAAAUACACAAAGUAUUAAUAUUACUACAGUACAAGCUUUUCUGAUGUGGAUGGUGGAACAUGAGGGGAGAGCUCUCAAGAGUCUGCCUCUAGAACUGUCAGAACAGAGUUAGUUACAUGUCCUGAGUUUUGCACUCUGCCUCUUUAGCUAACAUCUGUCUACCCAGAAAUUUCUCAGUGCUGCACAGUUUGAUGCCAGCUACAGACUAGAGAACUGCACUGCUUACACACAUAUUAAUAUUUGCAGUAGUAUCAAAUAUUGUUAUUCUAACCUCUUAAACUCUUGAAUUUUGGCAUAUCAAGCCAUAAAAUUAUUUCUUCAAACUACUUGCCACUUAAUCAGAUUUUGUUCUCUGAAUAUUUAAAAGGAGCAAUUGCAGUAUGCUAAGGUGCUAUUUUGUUCAUUUUCUGAACACAACUGGUUCAUUCUGAAGCUUGAUGUACUAUUUCAUCCUACUAUUUUGCAGUAGAAACCCAUACAGAACAUGUGACAUCAACCUUAAGAAAAAUCCUUACAAGGGACUAGCAAUAAGAACAUAUUAAAAGUAUACUUACUCCAGAUUUCCUAUAAGCAGCAUUUGAACAAAACUUGAAACAUGGAGUUCUGAUAGUGGUUGAGGUCUGCUAUAUCCAUGCAAGAUACUUAGCAAUAAUUCUGUGACACAAAAUGGAACCUGAAAGUCUCCCUAUGUACUAUACAUAUACACAUCUCUCUCUUGCACGUGAUAGAUAUAUAUAUAUAUAUAUAUAUAUAUAUAUAUAUAUACACACACGCACAACACAUAGCAGUGUUUCAAUAUAAAAAGAACUAUGCAAAUCUUGGCAAUUGAUCUUUCCAGUUUUAUUUUGGUUGAAAAAUUCUGUUCUAUUGACAUAAAAAUCUAGUCCCAUGUGGCUGCUCCUGUAUUUAAAAAUGUGGGAGUGUAUGACUGCUGACUCUUCAAUAAGCUUACGAUAUUAAGCCAAUAAUGACUGAAGUCAGUAGGAAUCUAUCCAUCCCUGUCCUGUUGAAUAUUAAAAAACAAGCAGGCUUUUAGAUAAAAAAUAUUUAUUUUUCCCUAUCUACCUAAUGGAGGGCACUCUUACGAGUGAAUUUCCUUUUGCUUAACUGGAUGAUGGCCAUUCUUAAAGCUAGAUUUCAUGUAAAUCUGUCAUUUGGUAGGAUGUUCAGCAUGGUAGUUCCUGGCACCUUCCCAAGUGUACAUCUAUUUAAAAAAAAAGUGCCCUCAGCCAGAGUUCUUAUUACAGAUCAAAUUCAUCGUCCAUCAUUCCUUUUUAUAACUCCCUUAUUUUUAAUAGACCAUACA